AAAUCUUUAUUUAUAUUGAGCUUGAUACUUAGGUGUAAAAAGAAUAUUUUUAUAUGUGAUAUUUACAAUAUUUAAUGAAAUAUAUAUAUAAUUUCUAAUUUUAUUAUUUUAAAUCGAAGACUGUAGAAAAUUUCUGAUUUUUGCAUUAAUAUUUUAAUUUGUGUGAUACAAAGAUUUUGAAAAGUAUUAAAUCUAUCGUAUACUUCGUCUGUGGCAUAACUGUUGAAAAUAUUUAUAUACGAUAUAAAUAUUUCUUAUUAAAGUAUCUUUUAAUUUCUAAAUAGAUAAAAAUAUUAAAAAAUGACUUUAACGAAUAUAAACCAUACAAAUUAUGCAACAAAAUUUAAUUAUAUAGUAGAAAAAUUACUUGUAUUGACAAAGAAUUAUGAAACGAAAUUAAUUAACAAUUAUCUUUGUGUUCUUAAUAAUCUUGAUUAUCGUUAUUUAACAGAUUUAAAUAAUGAUGGAGUGCAAUUAUUAAUUAAACAAUUAUGUAAUAUCAUUACAUUUGCAGAAACAACUUUGAUUCAAAGUUUUUGCAGAUUUUUAAUCAAUAUAAUUCAAAAUAAUAUUAAUUUUCAAGAACAUAUAUUUAUACAUUGUAAACAGUGGUUUAUAGAAGUUUUUAAAUUUGCAUUACCUAUUACGCAUAAUGAUAUUCUUUUAGCUCUAAAAAGUUUUUUAAUGAAUAAGCAAUUUAACGAUAUUGAUUAUUUGAAAUUAUUGAUUGAAGAUAAUCAAUUAUUAAAAAAAUAUUUAAAUUCAUCUGAUACACAAUGGAAUGAAACUCAUUAUUAUGCAAUUAAUUGUUUAGAAGGAAUUUUGAUGAGUGGCAAUGGUGUUUUUAUAACAAAGGAAUUGAUAUAUACCAUUAAAAAUAUUACAUUAAAUAUUGUUUCUUCUUUGUAUAUAAAUGAUAAUAAAUAUUAUCAUACUAAAAUAUUAUGUUCAUGUUUACAUAUUCUGCAAAUGAUAACAGUUAAUGAAGUAUUACCACAUUCUAUUGACUUUAUGGGUGAAAUUUUGGGAGUUGUACAAGCAUUUUUAUUUUAUGGUCUUAAAGAUUAUUCUCCUUUAAAACCACAAUUACUUCGUCCAGCAGUAAUGAAUCUUCCAGAACGAAUUCAUGUAAUUCCUAAAUGUAAAAAUUUAAAAAAUCAUAAAGCAAAAUUAAGAAAGCAACCUAUUAAAAAAGUUGUUACAGAAGUAAAGAAUAACAUUGUAUUAGAAUGCAAAGGAAUUAAUAUAUAUUCAAGUGAUUCAGAUACCUCAGAUACUGAAAAUAGUAAUUCUGUUAUUAUGGAUUCUAAAAUAAGAUUAGAAACUGUACGAUUACUUCAAAUACUUAUUGAAAAUUCACCAAGUCGUGAAAUAUUUGGAUUUUGGCCACAAAUUAUUGCUACUGGAUCACGCAAUAAUGCUAGAGUAUUGACUAGAAGUAUUUUAAAAGAAUCUGUAUCUAAAGUGAAACAGCACAUGUUAAGUACAUUAACAGAAUUAUUGAUUGAUGUUAAACCUUUUUUAAUACAUGCAGAAGAAGUUGAUCAAAUGUCUUUUAGUACUUUUUUUGGUACAGUUUCUCUAAUGAUUAAAGAAUUGCAUUUUACUUUAUCUUUGAUCUUAAAUAGUGAAACAAAUGUGGCAGUCUUAACACAUGGUUUAAAAUGCGCUGCUGCUCUAAUUCAGGGUACACCAUAUGCACGUUUGAAAACAGGACUUGCUACAAAAUUAAUGAGAAAUUGUAGGCCAUAUAUAUUUUACAAAGAUCCAACAGUUCGUGUUGCUGCAUUAUCAGCUUUUGAAGCCAUUGCUUCUUGUGAUCCAGUGACUGUAGAAAUAUUUGAAAUACUUGGAAAACAAUUAACUAUAAAUAAAGAUCAACUAUAUUUAAAUACUUCAAUUGAUAAAGCAGAAAAAAAUAUAGAAGAAGAAAAUAAUGAAGAAAUUGAUAUUGAAGAUCUUAAAGAUAAUUUGACAAAUGAAUAUAAUAAUAAAUUAUUCAAACAGACAAAUAUCUGUUUUCUAAUUCAUGUUUGUUUGGAAAAUAUAUCAAAUAAGACAAUGAGUACACCUGUUCGUCUUCAAUCAUUAAAACUAAUUGGUAGAAUGGCAUUUAGUACCAAAAGUCUUGUAUUUUCACAAAUAGAAUUGAUUACAAUAACUUUAAUAGAAGUCAUACAAGAUUCUGAAACACAAGUAAUAUUACAUGCUUGCAGAGCUCUAGAAAUUAUGGCUGGUUGUCUCAUGAACAUUGAUUCAGAAAAUAGUAAUGCUCUAAUAUUUUGGAAUAUUAUAUUUGAUCCUAUAAUAUCACUUCUUCAAUAUCCACAAACAAUAAUAAGAGAAGCUGCAUGUGAUUGUUUAGGCAAUAUUAAUUCUAUUGUAUUUGCCCAACUUCAAAGAAAACAAGCAAUUUUAAUUAUUACAGUACUGUUUGGUACAGUACAUGAUGAAGAAAGUGCUGUAAGAGCUGCUGGAUUACGAGCAUUAGGAAUGUUAGUCACAUUACCUGCAUUAAGAGAAGAAACUGGAUUUUUAAUGGAUUUAGCUGAUAUAGUUUGUUUAACUGCUGAUGAUAAAAAUCUCGGUGUUCGUAUCAAAGGAGCAUGGGCGUUAGCUAAUUUGUGCAAUUGCCUUUCUAAAGAAAAAGAUUAUGAAGAUAUUGAAUCUAUUUCUUUAGAAAUUUUAUUACCAAAGAUAUAUCAAAUCAGUAUUAAAGCAUCUAAGGAUAAUGAUAAAGUAAAAUGUAAUGCCGUUCGAGCCCUUGGAAAUAUUUUAUAUUUAUGUUCUAACAAACAUAUAUUGAAAGAUACAUCAUCAGGUUUAGAGACUUUGAUAAAUUGCGCUAUAGUAGGAAAUGAUAUGAAGGUGCGUUGGAAUGCAUGUCGAGCUCUGGGUUUAGUUUUAAGUAAUAAUCCAGAUAAUAUAUUACCAUCUUCUUGGCGAGAUCAAGUAUUUCCAGCAUUAUGCAAUCUAAUUUGCAAUAGUCCAAAUUUUAAAGUGCGUACUAACGCAGCAUGGGCAUUAUAUUCUUGUAAUUCCUAUGGAAAAUAUAUAAUAAUUUUAUGGAAAAGUCUUAUUUUAGCUUUUGAAAAUUCUCAAUAUGUACCGAGUUAUAUCGAGUAUCCUCAUCGUGAUGCUCUUAUUCAACAGUUGUGCCUUACUCUUAGUCAUGUGGCUGCUUAUACAGAAGUAUCAGAUUUACAAAAUCUUUGGGCAGAAAUAAGUGAACAUAUAAAUGAUGUUUCUAGUUACAUAAAACAAUUUCAAGAAAUUAUUGUUCCUGAAAAAAUGGGAGAUAUAAUAAAGGCAAAAUCUCAAUUGGAAAAAUAUAUGAAAAAUGCUUUAUUAUUAGAAGAACGAAAAAUUGCCCAAAGUUUAGCAAGCAUUUUUGAAAGAACUAACCGAUUUGAUAAUUUAGAUGAUAUUAUUUCUCUAAAUAAUGUACAAUAGUAAAAAAUAAUUAAUAUUAUAUAUAUAUGUUAUAUAUUUAUAAAUUAAUUGUAUACUAUAAUUGUAUAUAUGUAUAUACAAUUAUAUAUAUAUAUAUCCUGCAUUCGAAAUUAUACAUAUAAUUAUAUAUAUUUAUAUCUAUUAUAUAUAUAUCUUAAAUCUUGUAUCUAUUAUAUUAUAUAUAUUAUAUAUUAUAUAUAUAUUUAAACCAUGUAAGUAUUGUUCGCGACUGACAAAAAAAAUUUUUCGUUAUAGAAACAUGACAAACUUUUUUUUAUAAUACAUAAUGCUACAUGAUUUUAUUGGUAUAUUUUUAAUUAAUAUAUAUAUAUGCUUAUUUUUAUGAAUAUAUCAAUUAGAUUCAUCUAAUCAACUAAUCAAAUUCAUCGAAAUUAACUAAUUAUAUUUUUUUUUAAAUUUUUUAAGUCGCGAACAGUAUAUAUAUAUAUAUGUACAUAAUAAGCAUAUAGAAUGAUUCUAAAUAAAUAUUUUAAAAAUAAAGAUUAUAUUGAAUUGAAAAAAA